AAUACAAAAGAGAUAGUAAUCGAGCUAUUCCACUGCACAUCCGAAAUAAGCACAAGAGUCACCCKAAAGGUCUGUAGACUUCAUCGCGGACUAACCCAAGAUCAAGCACGCUAGAUUCUAACUGAGAUAGACCAAACAUUUAGCCGCUUACUGUUGACGUACGGGAGAUUGCGUGGCAAUAGGGCCAACGUUUCCAUAAAGGUGGUCAGURAGGGACCCUGUGAUUCCGCUUGACACGACUCAACACAGAACAAUAACGCAUCUCACAAUUCAUUGAAAACUUUACACCAUUCUUGCACAAGCAAUUCCAAGACUGCCUUGUAUUCAUUGGWAUUCAAUUUUGGUUACUAUUGUCAAGGUGGAAGACAAAGGUUAUUUAUAAACUCUAGCAAAGUAUAUUAGUUGGAACAAGUUGACAGAGACGGAAUUUUGCUGCGAUCCAACUUUGAGAAAACUGACAAAACAACAAAGAUUUCAAUUAUAAAGAAGUUCUUUAAAAACCCUAUGGUCGUGUUGUGAACCGACGAUUUCUUAUCAAACAUGGCAGUAAAAACAUUGGCUGCUCUCGUCCUCUAUGUAAUGAUGACAAAAGGAAUUCUGGAUGCAAAGCAAAUUCAAAACGUAACAGUCGAUGAAGGCCAGAACGCAUCGCUUCCAUGCAAGCUUCCUCCAAGUCAAAAGAUGCUGUUUCUAAUCUCUUGGUCAAAGAAUACCACAAGAUAUCUGAGCAAAAGGCUCAAUCCAUUAUCAACAUACAAGCAUACAAAGCGCGCUGUAAACUUUGGCUCACAGAACAGUCUGAAUAUACCAUUAACUACUUCAAAAGAUGCUGAUAUAUAUAAAUGUAAAGGUCUUUAUGUAGACUCAUCGAUGGCCGAGACCAGUGUACGGCUGUACGUUAGAGCCAAGCCAAUGAUAUCGACGAAGAAAAUUAAAAUCACCUUAACCCAGCGAAAGUUGAGCCCACUGAACUUAGUAGUCAGCUGUAAAGCCACAGGGUACCCAAUUCCAGCUUAUAUAUGGACAAAAGAUGGCAAGAAGAUAUCAAACGACCGAGUUGUUCGCAGGGACAGUACAUUAGUCAUCAAAGACGCAAGGCAAAGCGAUGGAGGAAGAUACUCGUGUAUGGCUUGGAAUAACAUAGGAAAAGAUAGCAAGAGUUUUACUGUAACAGUGCUUGAACCGCCAUUAAUCAUGGGAAAAUCAAAUUUUCAUUUCAACGCGGGUCAAACUGCAAAACUCGCAUGCGAGUCCCGCGGGAAUCCCGAACCUGUAUUUACAUGGAUAUGGACGACAGCAGAUAAUGUUACCAUGACAAUGGGAGAUGCUGAGGAAGACGAUCGAUACAAAGUCAGAACGUAUCGCUUGAAUCACACAGGUGUAAGUUACUUGACAAUCAAGAAAAUCACCGACAAAGAUUGGAUAAAAUACUUGUGUAGAACGAAGAACAAGUUCGGCCAGGAUGCAAAAAACAUUUCCCUGACAGGAUACACCAAUCCACAAUCACCACGUAUCCUGUCAGUCAAAACGUCACCAACAACAGCGGAAGUGACGUGGGAAUUCUCGUACGACGGGGGGGUUAAGCUGCUGUCUCUGACUCUUCAGUACAAAAUAAGCAGCAAACAGAAAUGGAACUCAAUUCAAAUCACACCCGCCGAAGCUACCACUUACACCAUCACAGACUUGCAGUCCGAUACCAACUAUAACUAUCGCAUACUAGCAAGUAAUUCAAUAGGAAGCAGUCCAUAUAGUUCGAUAUACAUGGCUAAGACCAUGCAAAAAGAAGCAUCCGUUGAUGCUCUAUCAGAUGACAAGGAGAAAGGCAUUCUGGGUGGAAUUGAUAUGACCGUGUUGAUCGCCGCUGUUGCCGGUGGGUUUAUGUUGCUAUUGGUGAUCAUCUUGGCUACAUUGUGCUCCAUACGACGAAUGCAACGAAGAAAUGAACAACCAACAUCUGCUUUUGGUAGACAAGAAAGUCAACGUGACAAUUCCGAAAUGACAUCUUUUUUGCCCCCUCAAAGUCAACUACCUGAGACUCCUAAUGCAGAAGCCACGGCAAAUCCGCUAUCAAAUAGCCGAUGGGAGUUCCCAAGGGAUCGUAUUAAAUCGUCUGUAGUCCUUGGCUCUGGUGCAUUCGGUAUGGUUAUGAAAGCAGACGCGCAAGGCAUCAAGGGAUGUGUUGGGUCACUAACAGUAGCUGUCAAGAUCGUAAAAGAAACUGAUAGCGAAACAGCAAGGAAAGAUCUUCUGGCAGAGUUAGAACUACUUAAGCUGAUCGACCCUCAUCCAAAUGUUGUUGGUUUAUUAGGUUGCUGCACUAGGGGUGAUCCUUUAAUGCUUAUAGUUGAAUUCUGUGAAUAUGGUGACCUGCAAAGCUAUUUACGUCAUUGUAGAGGAAUUGAGGAGAAAUACUAUCAGCAAAUAUACAAUGUACCUGAAGAAAAGCUCACAUCAAAGGAUUUGUUAUCGUUUGCUAUCCAGGUUGCAAGGGGUAUGGCGCACCUCUCUAGCAUGAAAGUUGUUCAUCGAGAUCUUGCCGCACGUAACAUUCUUAUCGAUGAUAGAAAAGUCUGUAAAGUCAGCGAUUUUGGUUUUGCAAGGGACAUUUACGUUGAAGAUCACUACACAAGAAAAACGCAAGGAGGUCGCUUUCCUAUCAAGUGGAUGGCCAUUGAAUCUCUUCUUGACGGAGUCUCGACCACAAGCAGUGACGCUUGGUCGUACGGGGUUUUACUCUGGGAGAUUGUGACUCUAGGUGCAUCGCCAUAUCCUGGUAUGAACUCACAAGAGGUGAUCAAUUUCCUCCGUGAUGGAUAUCGCAUGGACAAACCAAAACACUGCUCUGAAGAAUUGUACUGUGUAAUGUUAGAUUGUUGGCAGGUUAUACCACAGCGAAGGCCAACAUUCUUGGAAAUCUCUCGCCAUUUGCACAAAAUGUUGGCCGACGAACGGGAAUUCAUCAACAUGAGGAGCUAUGAAGAUCAUCUGUACGUGAAUUUUGAUGGCUCUUUCUCGAAUCAUGGCUCAUCUUCUUCUGGUGGCAAGACAAACAACACAGAAUGGAGGCCUCUUUCUCCGUAAAAUAUUAAACAAAAUGAAAGUGUCAUUGUAAUACACUGAUACUAGUAUUUCAUAGAGGUUGUCAGAGAACAGUAUCAGAAAAGAACUGUUAUCAUUCGUUUAGCACCCAUAUAUGGUAAUCUAGCUUACCUUAUUUGGAAGUAAAGUAUAGAAACGUUUUUUAAAGCUCAAAAUCAUCCAAAUAUACAACGAAAUAUUUUGAACGAUCGGCCAUCUUGUUCGCUUCCAUAUAUGGUAUAGAUUUGGUAGUUCCGGGAAGCCCAAUGCUAAAAACACAGGGAUCCCACACGAACGACAUGGAUGAUGCACGACUAAAAUGCGUUGUUUACAAAUAUUUGUCAGGUUUUUCUUCAUUCUUCUUUAUUACCCACAUUACCUUAGGGUCCGUGCAUUAUUCAGUCUCUCGUAACAACAUAUCUAGGCAGCAGUCUAUCUGUGACAGGUGGUUGUCACCGAUUAGGAACAGUUAACUACAAAAUAGAGUAAAAGAUUUACUAGAACAAACACCACUUGUUUUCAUUUCUAUUGCGUAUGUUUGUCAUUGGAAUACAGUCGUUUGAUUAAGCAUUAUUGCGAUUCUUUCUGUCCUUGAGCAAGUACCUGAUAAGAAAAUUAAAGACUAUAUCAGUCUCGAUCAUUUACAGAGAGUGUAUGUUAAUGGAACCAUGCUUCCAUUCCGUCUGGUCGCGCAGAAAUGAGUUCACCAAAUACAGCUUUAGUUGGCAAAAUACCCCGAUGUGGAGUACUGUAAGUUUGUAGUUUAGUUAAUUGUAAAAAAGAGGAUAAAAAGGCUUAGUGUAGAAGGCUUAAUAUAGCCCCAAGCUUGUUUUCCAGACAGGUACUCAGGAGGCACUGGGACACUCCUUUAUUUAGUUCAGUGGGUUGGCUCGUUCCACACACAACUCCACGACAGCGCCGUCAAAGAACCUCAGGCAUUUUUCGUCAAUCUUUUAUGAUUAAUGCUUGGCAUUUUCCGAUAGGCAUAUAUCAUUUUUAUCACAGCCACACUGAAUAGCAGAUUUAUGUGCUUUUAGAGUAAUACUUGAGCGACGAACAGGAGAAGUAAUUAUAUUCGCCGGAAGGACUGAAUGUCAAAAUAAAAAAACUCCAAGUUUCA